GAAACCCUAACAAUUAACAAAUAAUCGAAUCCCAUAUCCGUCUCUCUCUCUCCCCCCCAUCUCAGGCCUUCGGCCCUUCUCUCCCACCGGAAGGAAGUCCGUCGGCUGCUCUGUCUCUACGUUUCCUACCACCAUCGGAACUCAAAGUUUCCCAAUCAACUUCGCCGGCGGAGGAAGAAGAUCGACGAUCGUUCUGGUGUUUCGUCCAAUUUCGAUCGAUCCGAUUGAAACCUACUUUUUGCUUCUUGGUGGCUCCGUUACCUUCCUCUCUGACGCCGCUGCCGUCUCCUGCUCUUGUUGAUCGAAGUUCGGCUUUCUCCCUCCCUCUCUCUAUCAGCUCAACUGUCUCCCUUCCUGUAUCCGGACUCGUUGACUUGGGAGUUGUGGCUCCUCAGCUGCCGCCGCGACGCAUUUCCUCUUAAAGUUGUAUGCCAGUGCUCCAUUCAAAGGAAUCUCCCGCUCUUAACUCCAUCCCCACCGUCGGCGUUGUGUUCCUAAGAUCACACCGCCUCCAGUCUCGUUCCCUGCGCUUCCAGUCUCCCGAGCAGCUCCUGUGUGUCUUGACAUUUUCAGCUGAGGAGGUUGGAGUCCAUCUAGUUACAAGACAUUAAGUCUUGUUACCCUCAAACACUUGGUAGGAGAGCUUGCAUGUACAGUGGAUGUUGUUAUUGGUGGUGGCUGUCAAUCGUAGCAGUAGAAAUUUGCAGCAUUUCUUGGGUUCUCAAGGAGAAUAGAAGGUGGACCUGUUGUACUUGCAUGGUUAGGAAAUGGAACCGGCUGUUUUGGAUGAUAUUAUUCGGCGGCUUUUAGAGGUUCGAGGUAGACCUGGGAAGCAGGUCCAGUUAUCUGAGGCAGAAAUCAGACAACUCUGUGGGGCUUCUCGUGAGAUCUUCUUGCAACAACCCAAUUUGUUAGAGCUUGAAGCACCCAUCAAGAUUUGUGGUGAUAUCCAUGGUCAAUAUUCUGAUCUUCUAAGGCUGUUUGAAUAUGGCGGAUUACCUCCACAUGCAAACUACUUAUUUUUGGGAGACUAUGUUGAUCGAGGCAAGCAGAGUCUGGAGACAAUAUGCCUUCUACUUGCAUACAAGAUAAAGUACCCAGAGAACUUCUUUCUCUUGAGGGGAAACCAUGAAUGUGCUUCUAUUAACCGUAUAUAUGGUUUCUUCGACGAGUGCAAAAGGAGGUUUAAUAUUAGACUGUGGAAGACAUUCACAGAUUGCUUUAACUGCCUACCGGUGGCUGCUCUAAUUGAUGAGAAAAUUCUCUGCAUGCAUGGUGGUCUUUCCCCAGAUUUGCAUAAUUUGGAUCAAAUCAGAAACUUAGCUCGCCCAACUGAUGUACCAGACACAGGUUUGCUCUGUGAUCUGCUGUGGUCUGACCCUAGCAAAGAGGUUCAGGGUUGGGGAAUGAAUGACAGGGGUGUUUCAUUUACUUUUGGUCCUGAUAAGGUGGCGGAGUUCCUUCAGAAGCAUGAUUUGGAUCUGAUUUGUCGCGCUCAUCAGGUUGUUGUGGAAGAUGGAUACGAGUUCUUUGCCAACAGACAGCUUCUAACCAUAUUUUCUGCGCCUAAUUACUGUGGAGAGUUUGAUAAUGCUGGUGCAAUGAUGAGUGUGGAUGAGACACUUAUGUGUUCGUUUCAAAUAUUAAAACCAGCAGACAAAAAGUCAAAGUUUAACUUUGGGAAUGCAACUCCUGCAAAGCCUGGAAAUGCUUCAGGAGGAGUUAAUGUUUUUGGAAGCACAACAACAGCUAAGCCUGGUAAUACACCAGCCGGCGUGAAGUCAUUUCUAGGCACCAAAGUAUGACACGGUAAAACCCUUGAUCUACCAUUGGUGAUGGGUUUUAGUUGAGUGUUUAAGAAUAUGCCCAAGGGUCAAGACUGCAAUUUUUUGUAUGAAGGCCAAGACUGCAAUUAAACUGGAUAACGGUGGUGUUUUUAGCUCGUUAUUGAAGGAGAAACAGGUGGAAUUGGGAAUGGCGGGCAAGGGACUAGAAGAGCGGCCAUAAAUGAUCCAUUUGCUUUGGUGAUGUGUAACAAAAGGCUAAGUUUGAAGAGGGAAAGGCUGUAAACUAGUAGUAAUUUGGAAUUUGCUUGAUUACUUUCUAAUUUUCUCGUUUUAAUUCCUCGAUGAGACUUUUGUUAAAUCUUAUUUUGCUUCUAACCUCUUCUUUACCGUAUAUACCUAUCUUCAUUAUAAAAUCAACUAACAGACCGUUUGAACCAAAUAGUUCAGGAUUGAUAUUUGUAGAAUUUAUUUUAAAAUGAAAUCUAUGUUUGGAAUGUCAUUCGAAACCUUAGAAAUAAAUUGAAUUUAAG